CCGCCGCCUGGGCAAGAAGAUGGGAGCGAAAUGAGCCCCGAGCCGGAGCCGCCGCCGCCGCCUCCUCCUCUUGCAGCGCCAGCCCGGGAAGCGGAGGUGGUGGCCUUGACGGUGGCGGCAGCGGUGGUGGAAGGGGAAGCGGACGCGGCAGGAGGCCGCGGCGGCAAGAAGUGGGGGAGCCGCAUCAUGCUGGUGGGGAGAAUCGGCCUCAAGCCCGGCGGAGGCGCCCCGCAAGGUAUUGGUCGGCCAAGCGUAUACCAUGCGGUUGUUGUCAUCUUCUUGGAAUUCUUUGCUUGGGGUCUGCUCACAACUCCCAUGCUCACAGUCUUGCGAGAAACUUUUCCUCAGCAUACUUUUCUAAUGAAUGGCCUCAUUCAAGGAGUUAAGGGGUUUUUAUCUUUCAUGAGUGCUCCACUGAUAGGUGCUCUUUCUGAUGUCUGGGGAAGAAAGUCUUUCCUCCUUGUCACAGUUUUCUUCACUUGUGUUCCAAUUCCAUUAAUGAAGAUAAGUCCGUGGUGGUAUUUCGCUAUGAUUUCUGUAUCUGGGAUUUUUUCUGUUACAUUUUCUGUGAUAUUUGCUUACGUAGCUGACAUAACACAGGAACAUGAGAGAAGCACUGCUUAUGGACUGGUAUCUGCCACAUUUGCAGCAAGCUUGGUGACUAGUCCUGCCAUUGGAGCACACCUGUCUACUAUAUAUGGAGAUAGCCUGGUGGUGCUAGUGGCCACAGUAGUGGCUAUUAUAGAUAUCUGCUUCAUCCUGCUGGCUGUACCAGAAUCCCUGCCGGAAAAAAUGAGACCACUUUCAUGGGGAGCACUGAUAUCAUGGGAACAAGCAGACCCUUUUGCAUCUCUGAGAAAGGUUGGAAAAGAUUCUACUAUCUUGCUGACUUGCAUCACUGUGUUUCUUUCUUAUCUACCUGAGGCUGGCCAGUAUUCUAGCUUUUUCCUCUAUUUGAGACAAGUCAUAAGAUUUGAAGACGCUAGCAUUGCUGCAUUCAUAGCAGUUGUUGGAAUUCUGUCUAUAGUUGCUCAGACUGUCUUUCUUAGUAUCCUAAUGAGGUCAAUAGGGAAUAAAAACACAGUACUCCUUGGCCUUGGCUUCCAGAUUUUCCAGCUGGCCUGGUAUGGUUUUGGUUCUCAGCCUUGGAUGAUGUGGGCAGCAGGAGCUGUGGCAGCUAUGUCAAGUAUUACAUUCCCAGCAGUCAGUGCUUUGGUGUCUCGAAAUGCAGACUCAGACCAGCAAGGUGUUGUCCAGGGAAUAAUAACUGGAAUCAGAGGCUUGUGUAAUGGUCUUGGUCCGGCUCUCUAUGGCUUUAUAUUUUUCUUGUUCCAUGUGGAACUUAAUGACUUGGCACCUGUCCCGAAUUCUGAUAAAACAGCAUUGCAAGAUCCAAGUGAUGAGAGUGCAAUCAUACCUGGGCCACCUUUUCUGUUUGGAGCAUGUGCAGUCCUUCUUGCUUUCCUGGUUGCCUUAUUCAUCCCUGAGCACAGUAAAGCCAGCAGUACCAGAAAGCACAGCAACAGCAUCAGCAGUAUCCAGAGCAACAACCCAGAUCGAGGCAGUGAUGAGGACAUUGAGCCAUUGCUGCAAGACAGCAGUGUAUGAGAGCUAGGUUUUCCUAAUGUUAAUAGACUGCAAGCAAGCAAAAUCCAAAAUCCAUGCACUGAGCUCCCAGAAUCGGAGCAGGACUUACUGGAGUGAGCUUUUGAUCUGUUGGAAACUUUGCACAUUUCACCCACCUUUAAGGUAUAAUGUCCAGUUGGGGCUGGAUGUCCACCACUUCCUGUAUUUUUGAUAACAGUCCAUGGUA